UGCAUGUAUCCUGUUUGAAGAUAGAAGGAAGUGUUGUUUUUUUUCUGGAUAGAAUGUUUGCAGUUUAAACCAUGUCCUUAUGACAAGUAAAAAUGCAUUUUACUAGCGAACUGAUAGAAUUGACCAUGGUGUUAACUGUCCUGGAAGUGUGUCAAGGCUACGUUAAUAUUGCCCUAAACAAACCAACAUACCAGCAGUACCCAUUUAAGCCAGGUGACGACAUCUAUGACUCAAGCAAUGCUGUAGACGGAUUAAAAACAAAUCUGAACUGGAACGGAGGUCAGUGUGUCUAUUCAAAUUCUAAAGAAACUGCAACCUUGUGGGUGAAUCUGACCAGUAUUCACAGCAUCCAUCACACUACACUAUACUUUAGGACAGACGGGUAUCCAUGGGGACCCUACGCAUCGUCCUUUCUGGGGUUUUCAGUGUAUAUAUCCAAUACAACAGAUAAAUCACAAGGAAUUUUAUGUUUCAAGGACAACAACUUUAAUAAAAGCACUAUCCCUGCUGUGUUCACCACAACAUGCCCUGUACAUGGUCAAUACGUCAUAUAUUACAACGAGAGAUUGUCGAAUGUCAAAUAUCCCACAGAUUAUUCUGCACAUGCCGAAAACAAUUUAUGCGAGGUUGAAGUGUAUGGAUGUCCUGCUAUUGGAUAUUACGGAACUAAUUGUUCCCUUCCAUGUCCAGACGCUACCUGUCAGUACUGUCACAUAGAGACGGGCACCUGUCAGGGCUGUAAACCUGGGUACCAAGGUCACCGCUGUGAAUUAGUCUGCCCGCGUGGAUUCUUUGGACAAAAUUGUAUCAACAAAUGCAACGACACAUGUAACGGAUGUAACACUGAAAAUGGUUUGUGUGAAUUUGGGUGUCUUCCAGGCUGGAAGGGAGACAGUUGUCAUAAAGCAUGUUCUACAGGAUCGUAUGGUAUUGAAUGCAAUGAAACAUGUGGGAACUGUAGUGAUGUAGAGCAGUGCAGCAAUACAAAUGGGUCGUGUUUAACUGGAUGUGAUGAUGGUUACCAAGGGGACUUGUGUAAAACACCGUGCAACAAAGGAUCUUAUGGUCUAAACUGCAAUCAGACAUGUGGAUAUUGUCGGGACUCAAACCAGUGUUCACACAUCAAUGGGGAAUGUUCAGCUGGAUGCCUUGCUGGUUUUCAGGGGAAGAUUUGCAAAACAGAAUGCGACUCCGGGAAGUAUGGGAUUAACUGCCUACACAACUGUGGUUUUUGUCGGAACGGGUUUCCAUGUAAUAAAGUGGAUGGAUCAUGUCUAGAUGGGUGUUCUAACGGAUACAAUGGAUCACUCUGUAUUAAUCAUUGUGAAGAAACGUUUUAUGGCAUAAACUGUUCCCAAAAAUGCAGCAUAAACUGCAGUAACCAAGAAUGCAAUCACUUGACCGGGGAAUGUAUUAGUCCGGAACAGAACAAUAUUCAACACCAAAUGUACAUCGUCUUUGGAAGUAUUGGAGCUUUCCUUUUCCUUAUUUCCAUUGUUCUCCUUGGAUUUCUUUUGAAAAGGAAAAGGAUAAUGUCAUGUAAACAGAGGACAAAGAUACACACGAAAUUUAAAAAUACAUCAGAUUCUGUUACAUACACACCAGAUCAACCGGAAGAGGUACUUCUUCCUGAAAAUAGUGUUACCAACAACAAAGAUGGAAAAAUCAAGGAUGACGACAUCGAUAAUGAUGAAAAGAUGCACAAGGAAAAUCCAUAUGAAAAUAUUUCUUUAAAGAUGAAACCCAUUGCAGAUUUUGCUAUAAACAAUUUGGACAAAAAGAUACUAGAACACUCCAAUAAUAAAGACGAUGGAUUUAAAGAAGAAUAUGCGGUUUGUUCAUUUACAUGCACAUUGUUGAAUACUUUCUUUCAGCAAUUGACAUAUGGAGAAAAAUUAAAAUGUGACGCUGGAAAACUUCCAGAAAAUGGUUCGAAGAACAGAUUUAAAUCCACUUUUCCUUAUGACCACUCCAGAGUUGUUUUAAAGAAUGGUAAAUCAGACUACAUCAACGCUAAUUAUAUCGAUGGGCUAGAACAUGAACAUGCCUACAUUGCAACUCAAGGACCUAAAGAGAAUACCUUUAAUGACUUUUGGUCAAUGGUUUGGCAAACAAACGUGGAACAAAUCGUUAUGUUAACAAAUCUAAUGGAGGGAACCAGGAAAAAAUGUGCUCAAUACUGGCCAGCCUUAAAAACAUUGAUGAAUUGUGGGAUUUUCACAUUAUACACCACAGGCGAAAAGCAAUACGCUUACUAUGCUAUUCGUACGCUGAAAAUGACAAACUUAUUGCAAAAAGGACAAAGAACAAUCACUCAGUAUCAUUACAAAGCUUGGCCGGAUCACGGCGUCCCGGAUCCACUUUGUCUUUUAUUUUAUCACAAUCAUGUGACAAGAACUAAAACGGCUACACUCAAAAGCCCGACUUUAGUACAUUGCAGUGCUGGAAUUGGUAGAACAGGGACAUACAUAGCAAUUGAUGCCUUGCACAAGGAAGUUCAGCUGGGAAACAAAAUCAACAUUGCAGAAUACGUGCAGCAAAUGAGAAAAAAAAGAAUGAAUAUGGUCCAAACUUACGAACAAUAUAAGACAAUAUUUCUGACUCUCUACGAAAUAACUAAGGCGCCAGCUACUGCUCAAAAGCCGGCUGAAUUCAUUGAAAAAUUAGAGACAGCCAAAAUGGAUACUUCGGCAAACGUUUCUUUUUUAAGAGAUGAGUUCCAGAGGCUCAUGACAGUUCGACAUCAGCUUAGAGACGACAAUGACAACAUGGCGUCAGAAGGCGAUGGUCUGUCUACGACUGCAUGUAUCCGACCACGGUAUGAGAAUGUAACUAUACGGACUUCUAGUGUGUCCAAUCGUGGAAGUAAUAUUGAUGGAAUAUUCAUCCAUUCAUUUACCAACCAGAACGCGUUUAUUGUUACGCAUUGUCCACCAGCAGAUGACGUUGUAGAUUUCCUAGAACUGAUUAAUGAAUAUGACUCUGAAGUUGUUGUUUUUAUGGAACCCCUCAACAUUGAAUUUACAGAUACAUGGAUACCGACAACAUCAAGAAGUUCUAAAAGUGUUUCUCCUUUUACAAUUCAACUACAACAAGAAAAUACGAAGGAAAAUCAUUGGCACAAAGUUGAAAUCACAAAAGAAAAUACUGAUUUUAAACCUCGUAUGGUUCACCUUGCGGAGCCAACACAUGAUCUGACUCCAAAUAACGCUCAGACCGUUCCUCAAAUUCUGGGUUUGGUUUCAUUUGCGCAAAAAACAACGGGAGAAGGUCCGAUAAUCGUCGUCAGCAAAGAUGGAACUGUUCUGUGUGGUGUGUUCUGUGCUGUAUACAACUUGAUACAACAACUGACAAUGGACGAGGAGAUAGACGUGUUCUCUGUGGUCAGACUCCUACAGACACGAUGCCCUGAGCUUUGUGCAACAAUGGAGGAAUAUGAAAUAAUAAACCACGCCAUUACGACUGUUAUACAGUCGAGAAGAGACGGAAAUACAUACGCCAAUGAAUGAUUGCAUUCACUGAAAAUAGAAUAUAGAGGAAUUCCUUGUUUCUUGUAAUUUUUAACGAGGCAAAUAUACAUUUCCUUUGUUGCUUAGACAAAAAUUAUGUGACUGCUUUCA